AUGGACUUCAAAUCCAUUAUUGGAGGAUCUCUACCCUCAUUUGGAUCCAACGCGACUCUGGCGGGGAACCCCCCGCGUUUCGUGCCUGCGUUGGGUAUCCAUAGCUUCUGGCAUGAGAGAACCUACUUCAGGUUACACAGAAAACAAGAGUCUUUCCUCGAGGAUGGCGCGAAUGGCUUGCAGACAUUCAAGGACAAGGAGGACCUUGUUAUCUCAUGCUUCGGCCGGUCCCCUGAUCCUAUCAAGAAACUUGUUCAGCACGCAAAGGAAGCAUAUUUCAAUGAUCAUUACGCCAGGACCAUUGUCAAGCGACCGAGCCCACAAGGUAUGCGUCGGUAUGGUGGUCGCCACACUUGGCUGCAAGUCGCAAACCGCCCGGUACGUCCCAUGAAGACAGUAGUCCUCGAUGCGAAGCAGAAGAUCCAAGUUCUAGCCGAUAUCAACGAGUAUCUCCAUCCGGCAACCCCUCGCUGGUACGCAAACCGAGGCAUUCCCCUACGCCGUGGAUAUCUUUUCCACGGCCCGCCCGGGACAGGAAAGACUUCACUGUCUUUCGCCCUUGCUGGAGUCUUUGGCCUCGACAUCUACGUCAUCAGUCUUUUGGAGCCUACUUUGACAGAAGAGGAUCUGUCAGCAUUAUUCAACUCCCUGCCUCGACGAUGCGUUGUGCUCCUUGAAGACAUUGACACAGCGGGUCUAAGCCGUGGUCCCGAUGGUGGGCCAGAUGCUGUGGAUGGAAAGGCAGACGGUGGUGCACGUAAUGACUGGAAGGUUUCUGAUCUGGCUCGAGAGCUGAGAAAGCAGGGCAACGACGCCAGCGACAAGAAGGGAAUUUCCCUAUCGGGCCUGCUUAAUGCUAUUGAUGGUGUCGCUAGUCAUGAAGGCCGCGUUUUGAUCAUGACCACCAACAAACCCGAAACCUUAGAUGAGGCACUGAUCCGCCCUGGACGGGUAGACCUGCAGGUCGGAUUCACCAACGCCACACAGGAACAGGCUCGAGAAUUGUUCGAACGAAUGUAUGAAGCCGAGUCGCACCGGAGGGCGCAUACAAAGGAGUCUCAGACAAAUGGCUUCGCAAAGGGAACUGAGCAGACGAAUGGUAACGCCAACCAGUACAAAGACGAGAAAAGAGACGGCGAAUCCGAGUCUGAAGUGGAAACCGAAACAAUGGCCGAGGCACUCGCCGAUGAGACUCUGAAUCUGGCACCUGGAGAACUGAAGGAGAUUGCGAAGGAGUUCGCAGAGAAGAUCCCAGACAAACAAUUCUCGCCUGCUGAGAUCCAGGGUUUCCUGCUAAAGCGCAAGAAGAACCCACGAGGAGCAGUUGAAGAGGCUGAUAGCUGGGUUGAGGCGAUGGUGCAGCUGAAGGCCAGCAGGACAAAGGUCUUGCAGGUACAAUAA